UGGUUGGUUGGACAAACAGAAGUUGAAAGCUCUGCUAUCCUAUGUUGAGCCUAAGAUGAAGGUGUCGGUAACAAAAACGGCACAAAGACUGACAACAUGGUUGAGGUUAGACAAAGGAUGCUGGAAGAAUAUGCAAAGUAUGACGUCCCAACGACCAUGCAAAAUUUGUUGGAAGUGCGACGUUCAAAAUAUGCAACCCUUGAUCAAUUCCUAGAGGAUUUUGAGCGGGUUGCGCGGAGAGUACCCUUCCUGGAUGAGGCUCAGAAGUGUCAUGUCCUGCUAACUAAAUUCGCAGAGGAUGAAAGAAAGAGUGUGGUAAGCCGUGCUGCUCAUUAUCCUCUGAAGUGGGAUGAAGUAGUUGAGAUGGUCCAUGAACUACCCUCGGUGUCAAACCGGAAGUUGUCUCUGGAACAGAUGAAAGCAAUCACUAGCGCAAGAGAGGAAAAUGUUGAGGCAGCUAAGGGAGGAAACUUGAAGGCCGAAGAGAUCCUUGGUCUUCUCGUUAAGCUUGGUAGCUUCGAAAAGUUAACCCUUCCUGCCCCAGCAACUCAAGCACUUGUUGGAGCCGAAGAAGGUAAGGUAGAAAGAAAGAAGGAGAAGCAAAAAGAGGAGACUGAAAGUGAGAGCGAGAGUAGUGAUGAUGAUGACGCUAGGCGAAGGAGAAAAGAGAGACAAAAGAAGAAGUGCGACCGAGAUUGGAAGAAAGAUAAUAAGAGCCGAGAUUGGCAAAGGAGAGAUGACCCCUUCCGAUGUUAUUAUUGUGACGAGGAAGGCUAUACUAUAACUCGGUGCCCUUUAUUAGAGAAGGAACUCGAAGAAGGGAUUGUCAAAAAGAAUGUCAAUGAGCACGUCUGUGAUGCCAAUUGGAACAAGAUAGAUUUUCGAGUCAAAGGAGGGAUGCGGGUAGUUGUCCUAGAACAGGCUAUGGCCAAUAAGGAUAAAAAGAAGAAGGCUAGAGUUAAUGUUAUUACCUUUGAUGGUAUGCUACCUCCGGAGAUAGUGGCUCGAGACGACAAUCCCGGAAGUCAAAGUUUGAAUGUAUCCCAUAUCAGCCAGAAAAAGGUCGAAGAGAAAAAGCGAGAGAAGGCUCAAAGAAAGCUAGACCAACUGAUAGAUGGGACCAAGGACUUAGUGAAGGAAGGGAAAGGAAAGGAAGUUGCCGAGAUGAAGAGGAAGGUGGUCCUGAGAUCCGACGUCGAGGAAGGGAUCUCGAUAGAUGAAGUAGUAAAGAAAUUGCUCGAGGAGACCGAGAUCACCCUAUCCUGGAAAGAAGCAGUAGCUUUGAUACCUAAGUUUAGGAAAAAACUUAAGAAGAUGGUUGAAAGGCGGAAGGUAGAAAUCAAUAGCCUAAGACUCUUUCCUCAGCAUGUGGAAAGAGCCCCGCCUGGUACCAAGAUGAGGUUUGGCAACAUGUCAUGCGGAUAUUUGAAUAUCUCCGUAAAUGACGUGAAAGUCAGAGCUCUAAUCGACUCUGGAGCCGAGAUGGUGCUUAUGUCCUCGGUCACAAUGAGAUCAUGUGGGCACGGAAUAGAUAGGAAGGUCAAUCAUCAGCUUUCCGAUAUAGUCGAGUUUCUGCCUUUGGAAGAUGGUCAAGCGUCCGCUCAACAUAACGUCGUGGUCGAGACAUAUGGUCAGAGAGCGGGUGCGGGAUCAUCACGCUCCGAUGUGCCGAUGCAUAUCGAUGAAGCAGAUGAUCUAAAUGUUUCGUACGGUCAUUACCUCUAUGAUGAUGAUCGCAGAAUGAAUGAGUACGUCGAAGAUUGUGAACAGUAUGAGUAUAGCAUGCCGAGGGAGAUGCAUGAUAUGGAACAUCGUUGCCAUCGAUCGAAUGUUGUUAUGCGGUAUGGUGUGGUGGGUAAGGUUCCAAAUGAUCAUGCCUUGCGGAAAGUAUUUCAUAAUUUCGUUACGAACAACCAAGGACUUCGUUGGACUCAGGAUAAGUUGUUGAAUAUGUUGAAGAAGAAGGAGGUGAAACUUGAUGCAGUUAAGAGUGCGUUAGCCAACAUUGAGCUCAACGCAAAGUCAUUCAUCGAAAAAUUCAUUCAAGAGGAACGAAACGAUGAGGUGAGAGAUUCCUCUAUGCCCGAUACUGUGCAUGUGAAAGAGGAGCCAAGAGUUAACAUGGACAUGGAGAUGCGGAUUCGUUAUCGGAUGAGGUCGAAAAUUCGAGAUGAUUUGAUUGAUGAGAUUGUUAAGUGUAGCACCCAAGUUCAUCCGCACCUGCUGGAAGAGUGUCAUGGUUUGCGCCGGAACCAGUUGGCAAAAGAGGCCAACAUCAAUAUGCACAACUUUCCUUCGUUCAGCAAGGUGGCUCUAGACCUUGAAGCUAAGAUAGGGCAUGGACAGGCACCCACUACGGAUGGAAGGAAGAAGACACUGCCUCCUAACUGGAAAGCGAAAGGUCGCUUGAUGUUUGUCGACAACGAUGGUUCAACCAUCGAGUUGGACGACAACUUCCAGGAGGGAGUAGGUUCAGAGGCAGGCAGCGUAGACGCUUCAGAGGGUGGAGUAGUCGCUGCCGUAUCUCAAAAAGGAAAGGCGACCGGUAGACGCCGUGGAGGCUCCUGGUCUAGGAGUCAAGUUGACCCCAAUGCUCCUCCAUGGGAGAAAGCGGGUGCGCUGAUUACUGAGUUCGACCUCAUGCACGAUGUAACUCGCUCUUUGGUGGAUGCCUAUCGCGAGGAUCAGUUCAUGUCGGAGAUCAUACGCAGACUCGAGGCGAAGGACAAAAAGACCUCCGCCGAGUUUGAGUUGGUCAACGGUUUGCUGUUUCUUGAGAAGGCCGUGAAUAAACGGUUGUGCGUCCCAAAUAGAGAGUCUUUGCGUUGUUUAUUUUUAGGAGAGUUUCAUGAUGCCACCGGCCAUUUUGGGUAUAAGAAGACCGCAGCCAACUUUCUGCAGCGGUUCUGGUGGCCCACGAUGAUGCGAGAUGCUCAGCUGUAUGUGGAGACUUGUCAAGUGUGUCAACGAGAAAAGCCACGUACUCAGGCUCCUCUUGGGCUUUUGAAGCCCCUUCCGAUUCCGGAACGGCCUGGUGGGAGUCUGUCCAUGGCUUUCAUGGAUACUCUGAUCACCAGCAAGAGUGGGAUGCGUCAAAUCUUCGUCAUCGUGGAUAGAUUUAGUAAGUAUGCUAGGUUAGUAGCCAUGCCGGAAACAACAAAGACAGAGUACGUGAUCCGAAUGUUUAAAGAAAACUGGGUUAGAGACUUUGGUUUACCCAAGUCUAUUGUCAGUGACAGGGAUGUCAGGUUUACUAGUGAGUUGUGGAAGGCCGCUGCUGCAGAGCAGGGCACUCAGUUGCAAAUGACUUUUGGGAAUCACCCAGAGGCCAACGGCCAGGCCGAGCAACUUAAUCGCGCUGUCGAGCGCAUUGCGUUGCGCCUGUAUAGGUCCAAGCGUAUCGAGGCGCGCUUGCAUUGGUGCGAGGAGGGUCGCGAGAAAAGUCUCAAGGUCCAUAGAGGCGGAACCACAUCCACGGGGGAAGGAGGACCUCAGGUGGGUACCAGCGGAGCAGGAGGACCCAUCGAUGGAAGAGGGGGAAUGUUAGUGGUCGCUGAAGUAGAUGGGUCAGUGGGAGGACGAGAAGUAGGAGGGGAUGAUGAUGAAGGGAAAGGCCAGCAGACUCAACUCACGCCGGAGGAUUAUGAGAUCCUCCAAGCAGAAGAACUUCAGGAUGAGUUACAACGACAGUUGGAUGAAGCAGCAAAGAGGAGAAGGAGAGUUAUAAUGAGGAAAGCUAGACUAGAACGACGGUACUCGCAAUUCAAGAAGGAAGUCCUAGACAUCCUGCAUUGCCUUAAGACCUUUCAUGCCUACCUAUUCGAGAGGCGGUUCAUCUUAAGGAUCGAUCCGACGAAUGUCGCAGGGGCUCUGAAGAAUUACAGAUCUAUAGAUCCGAUGGUAGGGAGAUGGGUAGGAUUCAUCUGGCAGUUUGAUUACAAGAUCGAACGGAUUGCUGGAGUCCGCAACAAGGCAGAUGGGCUGAGUCGGGUUUGCAUCACUCCCGAAGGGAUGGAGGAUGCAGAGYCMAUAAACGCCUUCCUCGAAUACGAAGGAGGAACUCUUGCGGUGGACAACGAGAUGAUGAGCGGAGAAUGCACAUCGGGAGAACUAUUGAUCCAGACUUUGGAGAAAGGGGCACCUGCCGUAGUAGCAGAACUUAGAGAAGGACCAGUUACCACUCGAGGACGCAGAGAAGAAAAGGACUCAUGGGGAGCGAUAGUAGGACCGAAAGGGGAACUAAUGGCAAUGGCGGUCGAAGGAGGCCGGGAAGCAAUGAUGAGCUUAGUGGAAUCUUGGGAAAGGAAAGAGUUGCAAUGGGUGGUAAAUCAGAUGCAGGAAGGAAAGGAUGGGGGCAAGGAAGGAGAGGAGUUUUUUUAUGUCCAAUCCUACGAAGGGCUCUUUCGGGAGAUCGGAUUGUUGUUGGUAGGAAACAAACAACCUACGGAAGUCAGUAUUAAGGCAAGAGAAGAAGCCGAAAGGUACGUCCUAAGGGGCGGGCAUUUGUUCCGAAGGGAGGAAGGUGCUAUGCCUAGAAGGGUUGUGUGCGGAAGAUCUAGGCAAGUAGACGUUAUCCAGGCAAUGCACGACGGGUUAGCUGGAGGUCAUCGGUUGUCCAAAGGAACACUUGCAAAGAUAACGCCGCUCUAUUAUUGGCCAGGCAUGGCAGGCAUGGUCGCCAUAUACUGCCAGACUUGCCUAAUUUGCCAAGAACGAAGCUCGGUACGAGUCUUCGAGCCGCUUAGACCAACGCGGGUGCUUGGGCCGGGACAUCUGGUCCACCUCGACCUUUCGGUCAUGCCUGUAUCAACAGAUGGGUACAGGUAUAUCCUGGAUGCGCGAGAUAACUUGAGUGGGUUCGUGGAGGCAGUCGCCCUCAAGGAAAAGACAGGGAGGAGUGUGGCGGACUGGAUAGAAGACUUCUACUUAAGGCAUCCGUUUGUCAGGAGGUUUAUAGCAGACAAUGGGACAAAAUUUAUAAACCAAGAAGUAUUGGGGAUGCUUAAGAGACUCUGCGUUCCGAUCAAGCUCAUCGAGCCGUAUCACCCUGAGGCCAAUGCACCUGCGGAAAGGGGGCACCGAACCUUGAAGAACACGAUUGCAAAGCUCGCAGCAGACCAUCUGGGGAACUGGCCUAGGUAUCUUAAGCAGACUGUCUUUGCAGAGAAUAUGACUCCUAAAAGGACAACGGGAUGUAUCCCGGCAGAACUUUGGUACGGAAAAGAGAUCGACUUUCCUGUGGAAGCCUUGGUACCUACCUGGAAUAGAUUAGAUGAUGAUCCGCAAAUGACCACUGAAGAGUUAAUCAAGGCGAGAUGUCAACAAAUCCUUAGGAAUGAGGAGGUCGUGGAAGACAUCGCCAGUCGAAUGCUGGAUAGCAGAAUGAGGGACAAAGCAAGGUGGGACCAGGUUAAGAAUGUCAGAAAGGAGCCACUUCAGACCCGUAGUGGGACCAGCACUAGCCCCUACACCCAGGAACAGCAAGAGAAGAUGGUCGCCUUAGUGAGAGAGAAUAAGGAGAGGAAAGAGUUCCUGAAACAGGCGAAGCUGAAGGCAAUCGCAAAGGAGCAGGCGGUGAAGAUGAACGAAUUGGAGGAGGAGAUGGAGAAAAAGAAGAAGGUUGCUGAAGAAGAAGCGGCGGCAGAGGCAGAGGAAGAGAGGAAACACAGGGAAGUAAAAGGAGAGAGUAGUGGCACGACGAAUGAGGACGCUGCAAUGGAGAAGAAAAUCAGCGAGUGGAUUGCUAAUUUAUCAUUGGGGGAAGAUGAGGAGGCAGAGUUUUAUGUGCCCCAGGACGAGAGGGAUGCGUUAGCCAGUGAGCUAGCAGCCAUGGAGGACCCUCUGGAACGGCGAGAAAGAGAAGAAGAGAAAAAGUUGGAGUGGAAACUGAGAAUGAAGAGGGAAAAGAAGAGAAGGAGGGACGAAGUUAAUAGGUUGACCGCAGAGGUGGUGAAGGUGAAAGAUUGUAGGCAGGAGGUGCAGGCUCAGGCAGACACCUCGGCCAAAAUGGAUAAGGUGUUGGGGUACCUGGAGGUGUUGAGCGCGACUUGGAUGGAGGAACGCCAAGCCAACAGGGCUCAAGAGGUAGCCCUGAGUGCCAUGCGGUCAGGAUUUAGGGAUUUUGCACGUGACAUGGUCACCCACGUUGGAGGCGAAGUUAGGCGACUGAAAGACACCGUGGGGAAGUUCUGCGAGGGCGCCAUCGAAGGUGCCAAGGCAAUAGCCGUUGUAGAGGGUGAGGCCAAGCCUCGUAAGGAGCCCGUUAGGCUUAAAUUCCCACAUGCAUACGGGGGGAAGAAAGAGGAGAAUUUUGAUAACUGGGAGGCCAGCGUGAAUAGCUAUGUGUACUUACAACACAUCCUGACUGAGGAGCAAGUCCUCAUCGCCUUCCAGACCCUCAAAGAUGAAGCGGCCAGUUUUGCCAGAUCUCUUGCGCGCGCAGCCAAUUGUGAAAACAACAUGGUUGCAUAUUCUAAGAUCACCACCCUUUCUCAAUUCUUCAAAGUCCUAAGGGAGAGAUUUGCUGACCCAACGAUAGGAGUUAGAGCCUCUAAUAAGCUACAGACCAUCCACUCACGACAGUGGAGGAGUGCAAGAGCACUCAAGGGCGUUAUGGACGACUUGGUAGCCAUCCCAGACCACGGGGUCACUACGCCCCAGUUGGUCCAAUUGUUUUAUCGUGCCAUGACCGAGCCCCUGCGUGGGCAUUUCUUUGAGAGGUCUCAACAGGCCGACAUCACUUAUGAUGUGCUGAGUAGAGAGGUGGUCCUGUAUGAGUCAAAGUCCAUGUCAGUGUCCACUUUCUGGCACAAGGACUUGGACAAAGGAAAGAAGUGGAAGGGUCGUACCAUCUCUGGCCAAGUGAGGGCCAAGGAUCAUAUGUUCCUCACGUUAAAAGAGGGUGGUACAGAUGAGAUCCCCUACAGUGAGAUUGAGUGGGGGUUAGAGGAGGAUGACAACAGCAUAGGGCAGGGGAGGUCUUAUGCGGCUGUCGCGGCUGCAGGGAGGCCGCAAGGUAGAGGAGGAGGCCAGGGCCAAAGGGGCCAGGCCAUGGGAGGCCGAGGACCGGGCGCACAGGGGGUUGGCGGACAAGGGAACCACCAAGUGGGAGGUCGGGGUCAAGGUCCCCCGUCAAAUCGCCAGGGUUCUUGUCGGUCCCACAGCGACGAGGUGGAAGGCCACCUCAAGGAGGAUGGCACCCAGGCUUGUCACAGGGCAGGCCCUGGGAAGAUUUGGGCUUGGACCAGCGCGUUGCUUAAGAAAGAGGCAAUCUGGCAAUGGGACAAAGAUUGUACGGCUGCGCUAAAGAAACUGAAGCGCACGUUAAUAGAGUACCCUGACCUCAAAGUAACUGAUCCGUCUUUGCCAUUUGUUGUCACCACAGACGCGAGUCAGUAUGGCAUAGGCGCCGUGUUGCAGCAAGACGACGACAAUGGCUAUAGACCCGUGGAGUUCAUGCCAACGAGGAUGCCUUCAGAGAAAGUAGCCACCUCGACGUAUGAGAGAGAACUCUACGCUCUCAGGCAGGCCUUAGAGCAUUGGAAGCAUUACCUGCUUGGGAGGCACUUCAAAGUAUACUCUGACCAUGAAACGCUUAGAUGGUUAAAGACCCAGGCCAAAAUGACACCUAAGUUGACUAGGUGGGCCGCUCAGAUAGACCAGUAUGACUUUGAGCUCAAACCGGUCAAAGGCAAGUACAACAUAGUUGCGGAUGCUCUAAGUAGGAGAUCAGACUACUUUGGAGCUAUAGUGCACUAUCUGGACAUAGGAAAGGACCUGCAAGAGAAAGCCCGACAGGCGUAUGCGCAAGACCCUAUCUAUAGUGACCUCCUCACCUGAGACCGAACCAGACCACCGCACUACUGAGGGACUAUUGUUUGAGAAGACUAAUGUAGUAGACCACUUGUGCAUUCCCAACAGCAAGGAGAUCCGUAGCCUGAUCUUAGGGGAAUGUCAUGACACAGAGGGACACUUCGGUUGGCAGAAGCCUCUAGCCAAUCUGAUGCGUGCGUAUACCUGGCCAGGAAUGAAAGUUGACUGCAUAG